CUACACUGUGUCAGAAUGAGAGCCAUAGCCAUGUCUUCCAGCUCAGCGAUGGUGCGGAUCCUGAUAAAGGGCGGCAAGGUGGUGAACGACGACUGCACUCAGGAGGCCGACGUCUACAUCGAGAACGGCAUCAUCCAGCAGGUGGGCAAGGAGAUGAUGAUUCCUGGUGGGGCCAAAGUGAUAGACGCCACUGGAAAACUGGUUCUCCCCGGUGGCAUCGACACCAGCGUCCACCUGGAUGAAUACUUCAUGAAUGCCACCACGGCAGACGACUACUACAGCGGCACCAAGGCGGCUCUUGCCGGUGGUACAACAAUGGUGAUUGGUCACGUUCUGCCGGAGAAGAAUGAGUCCUUGCUGGAAGCCUAUGAGAGUUGCCGCAGUAUGGCCGACCCCAAAACCUGCUGUGACUACGCUCUGCACGUGGGAGUGACUUGGUGGGGCCCCAAGGUACAAGCUGAGAUGGAGAAGCUGGUGAGAGAGAAGGGCGUGAACUCCUUUCAGAUGUUCAUGGCCUACAAGGACCUGUUCAUGCUGAGAGACGGCGAGCUCUUCCAGGCCCUGCAGCACUGCAAGGACAUCGGAGCGAUAGCAAGAGUCCAGGCUGAGAAUGGGGAGCUCGUGUCAGAGGGAGCAAAGGAAGCACUGGACCUGGGCAUCAGUGGCCCUGAGGGGAUUGAAAUUAGCAGACCUGAAGAGCUGGAGGCCGAGGCGACCCACAGGGCAAUCACCAUCGCCAACAGGGCCCACUGCCCGAUCUACCUUGUGAAUGUGUCCAGCAUGUCUGCAGGAGAUGUGGUGGCCACAGCCAAGAUGCAAGGUAAGGUGGUCCAUGGGGAGACCACCACGGCCCACACUGUGCUGAACGGUAUGCAGUACUAUCAUCAGGACUGGGCCCACGCUGCCGCCCAUGUGACCGUGCCUCCUCUCCGCCUGGACCCCUGCACCCCCAAUUUCCUAAUGAGCCUGCUGGGAAAUGACACUCUGAAUGUUGUGGGGUCCGAUCACCGUCCGUUCACCAUCCAACAGAGAGCCAUGGGUAAGGACGACUUCACAAAGAUCCCCCACGGGCUCCCUGGCAUACAGGACCGCAUGAGCGUCAUCUGGGAGAAAGGAGUGAUCGGAGGUAAGAUGGAUGAGAAUCGCUUUGUAGCAGUCACAAGCUCAAACGCAGCCAAGAUCUACAACCUCUACCCCAGGAAAGGCAGGAUCAUCGCUGGAGCAGAUGCUGAUGUGGUGGUCUGGGACCCCGAGGGAUCAAAGACCAUAUCUGUGGCCAACCAGGUCCAGGGAGGAGAUGUGAACCUGUAUGAGGGGCUUCGUUGUCACGGUGUUCCCCUGGUUACCAUCAGCCGUGGGCGACUGGUCUAUGAAAAUGGCAUUUUCACAUGUGCUGAAGGCUCUGGAAAGUUUUGCCCCCUGAGAACCUUCCCGGAUUAUCUUUACAAGAAGAUGGUGCAGAGGGAAAAGAGCCAGGCGGUGAAAGCUGUGGAGCGGGAGCCGUACACAGGGGACGUUGUCUCGUUGGUCAACUCAGGAAAGAAGGACUUUGGGGCGUCGGACCUGGACACCCCGACCCGCCCCUGCACCCGGCAUGGGGGCUUGAGGGACCUCCAGGAGUCCAGCUUCAGCCUCUCUGGUGCCCAGAUCGAUGACUCCAUUCCAAAGAGGUCCUCGGCCCGGAUCCUGGCUCCUCCUGGAGGGAGGUCCAGCGGGAUCUGGUAA